CAUACUUUCUCCUAAAGCAGGCCGUGUCGGUCUACAUGCCGAGAAACAAUUAGGUAACAUGUCAUCUUGGCUAGGAUCGUUCCAUAGAAGAUAGAUCGGAACACAUACGCCGACGGAAUCAGGCAACGGUCGACCUUUCCUUCAUGACGCCAAUUGACGUCUAUAAAUCGAUGGUAUGGCUAGACAGAAUCUACACCUGAAGCCUUCCCAGGUGUAAAUCUGUCAAAUUGCGAGAGUCAAUCAUAAGUACAAUCAUUGACCCUUGACGACUAGAUCUACAUCUAAGACAUCAUCCAUCAUGAUUGCCACCGACAUGACCAUAAUCCUAGACACCACACUCGACGACCUCUACUCGCUGGACAGCGACGAACCUCAUGGGGUGGUGACUGCGUACCCACACCCCAGCCAGCCCUCGCGGGCGAUGCCUCACCCCUUCUCGUCCGAGCACUUCCUGUACGGCAUCACCUUCCCCAACACCACCGCCCCGGACGCGAUGCAAAACAUCCUGGAGCGCGGCAUCGCGCAGCGCUACUCCUUCAUCGCCGGCCGCGCGCCCGUCAUUCUGUUCGACUCGCUCCCCGCAGCCACCGACGCGGAAAGCCAGAACAAGCCAGAACAACCCCCGUCCCCAGCCAUCGCCGAUAUCCUCAGCCUCCACGCCCAGCUGCACCCACCCCAACGACCAGAGCUACAGUUCCCCCGCAACGCCUCCGCAAUCGCCCUCCCGCCCAGCACACAGAUCGCCAUCAUCGUCCCGCAAGACGGACUGGCCCACCUCCCGCACAUCCUACCCCCGGAGACCCACUACCACCUCCUCAGCAAACGGUGGCUUGCACUCUCGUCCCUCCCGACGCCGACCUCCAUCAUCAUUGACCCCACCAUCCCCCCAACAGCGGACCACCUCGCGGCCAUCGAAGCAGAAAUCACCCGCAUGCUCCGCCCCAUCCAGACGUACCCCUCCCUCCCCUUCGUCAUCAAAGUCUCCGUCGCCGCCUCCGGCCGCGGCACGUUUCUAAUCCGCUCCGAACCCGACAGAUCGGACGCCUGCAUCCGCAUCCGCGCCAUCCUACACACCUCCUUCCCGCACGUCACGCCGCAGAACGCCCACCUCCACCCCCUGACCCUCAUCCUCCAGCCCUUCGUGGCGGGCGAGGCCCACGGCAUCUCCUUCUUCCUCACGCAGACGGGCAGGGCGAUCUUUCACGCGGCCUCGCGGCAGCAGUUCAACGCGCAGGGCCAGUGGUGCGGCGGGUUGGUGUCGUUCCCUGCGCAGCAUCGGCUCAAGGAGCGGUACUGGGGGGUUGUCGUCGCUGUAGCGGAGAGUUUACAUGCGGAGGGGUAUUACGGGCCGGUUGGGGCGGAUGUGAUGACCGAGGAGAAUGGGGGGCGACACGUGAUCGUGGAUGUGAAUCCGCGGGUGACGGGGUCGUAUCAUCUGGGGUUGUUGCGGGGGCAUUUUGUGGGGAGGGGUUUGAUGGAGGUGGCGGUUUUGUCACCUUUGUAUGUUGUUGGGGAUAGAAGCGGGUGGGUGCAGAGUUUUGCAAGGGAGAUAGAGGAAGGGAGGAUGAUUGUUACGGCUUGGGUGCAGGGGGUGGAGGGAGGGAGGAGUUAUGUAGCUGUUACGGUGGGUGGGGAGGAUGAGAGACGGUUGAAGAGGCUGGUUGGGGUGGUGGAGGCUUUUGUUCGGGAGGGUGAGUCGGGGGUUGGAGAGUGAGAGUAUGUACAGCAGUGUACUGUACUGUGUUGGGCAUGGACUGUAUGCUUGGGGGGGGGGGGAAGGGAGAUAA